UUCACAACGUUUGUUUCCAAUGGAAAAAACUCAGCAAAAGCUCCAUUCUUUUCCAAUAACCAUUAUCGCUAUGCCUUCGAAUUCUCGCAAAGGAAAUACACAAUUUCUCCACAUUCAGAUACCCAUCAUCGCGAUUCGCCUUCUCAUCCCCUUUGAUCAAAAGGGUUCCAGGUUUUCUAGUGUUUCAAUUCUCAUGUCAUACUGAGCAGCGACGGCCAAUUUCUCUCCAUUUUUGAUGCAAUGACGUAUGAAGACAAUCACGAGGACGCCCUUGUCACGGGGAUGAAUCCAAAUCUUCAAGUAGACGGUAAUCAUUUAGAUUAUUCGAAAUUGAUUGAAUCGAUUGGAGAUAGUGAAACAGAGACGCGGGUAGAUAAGGUUUCAUAUAUUUUGCGAUGGGCAAUUGCGGUACCGCUGGUUAUCAUAUUGGGUGUUUUGGUUGCAGUUUUUGUCUUGUGGAUUGGACCCUUGUUCAUGGACAAGGAACUAAUACCAUGGAUGGAUUGGCAAAUGCAAGCUUUCAGCAAACCGAUGUUAACGGUUAUACUUUUCGCAUCAAUAGCAUUCUUCCCCGUCUUCCUCAUCCCAUCUUCGCCUUCAAUGUGGGUUGUGGGUAUGAUGUUUGGUUAUGGGUUUGGAUUUCUCGUAAUCAUUUGUGGGGUUUCCAUUGGAAUGUCACUUCCUUUCUUCCUCGGUUCAUUCUUCUAUAGUAAAAUUGAAGUAUGUUUUCAUUUUCUUCAUAGUUUUGAACAUCUUUCCAUAUUUUUUUACUUGAUUUAUUCAUUGAUUAAGGAAUGGUUGGAGAAAUGUCCAACUAAAACAGUUUCAUUGAUUCGAAUGGCGGGUGAAGGAGAUUGGUUUAAUCAAUUUCAAGCUGUAAUUCUGAUAAGAUUUUCUCCAUUUCCAUACAUUUUAUACAAUUAUUGUGCAGUCGCCACGAAUGUUAAGUACACUCCCUAUUUGCUCGGGUCUUUGGUUGGAAUCGUGCCUGAAAUCUUUGUCUCCAUUUAUACAGGAAUUCUGAUAAGAUCUCUAGCUGAUGCUUCCCAAGGUAGACACUCCAUGUCAACAAUAGAAAUCGUUUUCAAUGUGUUUGGAUUCUGCGGGACUGUUGUAACGACGAUAGCGGUUACAGUUUUUGUAAAGAGCCGACUCAAGACGUUUCGGGAAGAGGAGGAGAAGUUACUUCUUAACUGAUUGGACAUUCUUUUGUGUUUUUGUUGUUGUUAAGAAAUGCAAAAAUAUGUUAAAAAAAUUGGAUUUGUAUAUAUGUUUAAGGCUAAUUUAGUACAAAUUCAAAUGUAAAGAAGAACAUAUGGAGUUUGUUGAUGUAAUUUUAACUGUAUUUAUUAAACAAACAUGGGGUUUAAAUGACUAAACUACCCUUUACUUU